UGCUUUAUUCUUCUUCAAUUUACACAACAAAGAGAAUGGAGCGACAACUUGCCAUACUUUUUGUUUUGAAGUGUUUUGUGCUCGUCAAUCAAGCUGAAACAGAGUUCCCCCCUGAUUACUUACUGGAUUUAAUGUUAAAUUACACUUAUGGCGAAGAAAUUGAUCCAGGAUCUACUCCCUGCAACGCAACAGUGCCUGGAUUUAAUAGCAUGGGCCUGACCAUCAUCUUCAUCAUUGUGUUUGUUUUCGCCAUCAUAGGCAACAGUGUUGUUGUCUUUGUGGUUUGCAAUAUGAAAAAAAGAAAGACCAGCACCGAUAUCUAUCUGAUGCACCUGGCGAUCGCAGACCUGCUCUUCUGUCUCACCCUGCCGUUCUGGGCUAUGAACUUGCAUGCUGGUUGGAUUUUUGGCAACUUCCUGUGCAAAGUCCUUUCAGGCUUUCAGGAGGCAUCUGCGUACAGUGGCGUCUUCCUGCUGGCAUGCAUCAGUGUAGACAGGUACUUUGCCAUUGUCAGAGCCACGCGAGUCCUGGCCUCCCAUGACCUGUUGGUCAAAGUGACUUGCAGUGUUGUGUGGGUGGUGGCAAUAAUAUUAUCCUUACCUGUGGUAAUUAAGAGGGAAAGCUUGGUUACUGAAGAUCUGGGAAAAACCAUUUGCUAUGAAAACAUUACCGGUGAAGGCAGUGAUCGCUGGCGAGUAGCCCUCCGUGUCCUGCGGCACACAGUAGGCUUCUUCCUGCCUUUGGGGGUCAUGGCUGUCUGCUACGGCUGGACCGUGAUGACUCUGUUCCACACACGCAACCAACAAAAGCACAAGGCAAUGCGCGUCAUCAUGGCUGUGGUGCUGGCAUUUAUACUGUGCUGGCUGCCUUAUAAUGUCACUAUACUGAUUGACACACUCAUGCGAGGAGGAUCUCUGGAAGUGAAAGACUGUGAAACUCAGUACACAGUGGAAGUCACGCUGAAUGUGACCCAAGUUUUGGCCUUCAUGCACUGUGCAGUGAAUCCAGUGCUGUACGCCUUUGUUGGGCAGAAGUUUCGUAACCAGCUGCUCUCGGCUCUUCACAAGCACGGCCUCAUCAGCAAGAGGAUCCAGAUGGCUUACAGGAAGGGCUCUGCCAGCAGUGUGGGGAGCAUCAGAUCCAGAAACACCUCUGUCACAAUGUAA